AUGACUAAACUACUAGUAAUCAUCGGAGUCACCGGCAACCAAGGGAAUUCCGUCGCCCAAAGAUUCCUCCAAGACCCCAACUACAAAGUUCGUGGCUUAACUCGAAAUCCCCCGUCCACGGCAUCACAAUCACUCUCCGCGCAAGGCGUUGAAAUCGUCAAAGCGGAUCUAGACGACGUAACAUCACUAAUCUCCGCUUUCCAAGGCGCAAACCUCAUAUUCAGCGUCACAAACUACUGGGAACCUUUUUUCCGACCCGACAGUCGUCAACAGGCCCAGGAGCGUGGAAUCUCGUGUCGAAAAUAUGCUUAUGAAGUAGAAUUUCAACGGGGGAAGAAUAUUGCUGAUGCGGCUGCUCAUCCGAGUGUGAUUUCGGGACUUGAUGCAAAUGGAUUUAUUGCGAGUACGUUGAGUCAUGCGUGGAAAUGUAGUGAUGGAAAUUUUAAGGAGGUGUAUCAUCAUGAUGCGAAGGCUGAUGUGUUUCCUUAUUAUGUGAGGGAGAGGUAUGGAGAGGAGGGGGGAUUGGCGGGGAAGAUCAGUUGUGUUAUGACGGGGUAUUUUACUAGUAGUUAUAAAUUGGCUAUGAAAAGUUAUCUGGGGAAGGUUUGUUUUUCUUUCUUUGCAUUUGUUCCUGGAGCGAAUAUAUUCGCUUAUGGAGCGAAAGUACCGGAAAACCUUGCUACAUAUAAGGCAAUGGCUGGGAUUGAAUGUCCCAUGACGAGUUUGGAGGAGUGGAUCAGGAAAGAGGAUUGGACUGCUGUGUUUGAGCAGUAG